AUGGCAGUCAGGGCUCCCUGGUUCGGAUGCUUGCUUCUCGUUUCCCUCUGGGGAAUGUCAGCUCCAGCCUUGCUUCUCAGGCGCCUGAGAGAACACAUUCAGAGAUUUCAGGAGAGCUCGAGCCUGAAUCCGGGCUUUGGUCUAGGCCAGGGUCUUGUGCCUGUCCCCAAACAAGGGUGGUUAGAGCAACCACUGGAUCCCUUCAACACCUCUGACAGACGAACCUUCCUGCAGCGGUACUGGGUGAAUGAUCAGCACAGAGCCAGCCAAGAUGCACCGGUAUUUCUGCACAUAGGGGGUGAGGGCAGCCUCGGGCCUGGCUCAGUGAUGGCAGGGCAUCCUGUAGCACUGGCCCCUGCCUGGGGGGCCCUGGUGAUAAGCCUGGAACACAGAUUCUAUGGUCUGAGUGUGCCUGCUGGGGGCCUGGAAAUGGCCCAGCUUCGCUACUUGUCCAGCCGCCAUGCGCUGGCUGACGUGGCGUCCGCCCGCCAGGCGCUCUCCCGCCUCCUCAACGUGUCCUCCUCCAGCCCCUGGAUCUGCUUCGGAGGCUCCUACGCUGGCUCGCUGGCGACUUGGACCCGGUUGAAGUUCCCCCACCUAGUCUUCGCCGCCGUCGCCUCCUCCGCACCGCUGAGCGCGGUGCUGGACUUCUACGCCUACAACGAGGUGGUGGCCAGAAGCUUGACGCAAGUGGCGAUAGGCGGUUCGUUGGAGUGCCUGGCGGCGGCCUCCGCAGCCUUCGCGGAGGUGGAGCGGCUGCUGCGCGCAGGUCCCGCAGCUCGGGCCGUGCUGAAGGAGGAGCUGAGCGCCUGCGGGUCCCUGGACCUGACUGAAGACCAGGGGGAGUUGCUGGGCGCGUUGCAGGCGCUGGUGGGAGGCACCGUGCAGUACGACGGGCAGGCCGGAGCGCCGCUAAGCGUGCGCCAGCUCUGCGGACUCCUCCUCGGGGUCUCCGGCAACCGCAGUCACUCCACGCCCUACCUCGGCCUUCGCCGGGCGGUGCAGAUAGUCUUGCGCAGCAUGGGCCAGAGGUGUUUAAGCUUUUCCCGGGCAGAGACAGUGGCACAGCUGAGAACCACCGAACCUCAAGUGUCUGGCGUUGGGGACCGGCAGUGGUUGUACCAGACUUGCACUGAGUUCGGCUUCUAUGUCACCUGUGAGGGUCCUCGGUGUCCCUUUUCCCAGCUGCCAGCACUGCCCUUCCAGCUAGAUCUAUGUGAACAAGUGUUUGGUCUCCCAGCUGCAUCUGUUGCCCAGGCUGUGGCCCAGACAAACUCCUAUUAUGGUGCCCAGACUCCCAGAGCCACCCAAGUGCUGUAUGUGAACGGGGACACGGAUCCCUGGCAUGUGCUGAGUGUAACACAGGACUUGGGACCCUCUGAGCCAGCCCUUCUAAUUCCUAGUGCCUCCCACUGCUUUGAUAUGGCACCUAUGAGGCCUUCAGACUCUCCCAGCCUCCGCCUGGGGCGCCAGAGAAUCUUCCAGCAGUUACAGGUCUGGCUUAAAGAUAUAAAGAAGAGCCAGAAUUGAUGUGGAUCUAAACCCAGCCCUUCACCAGUCCCAUCAUGGCAACUACAUCCUGGCGUUUUUCUUCACUGUACGAAGGAAAGCGACUGGUUUGGAAGGAGGAAGUCCCUAGACUUGGGAUUCAGGGCCUGUUCUGUGUGCUUGUUCCCCAGUCGUUCUCACAGACAAUGACAAGUUGUGCUUUGUCACAGAUCAGUGUAAAUGUAGGCCAGUGCUUACUGUCCCUGUAGACAUUGAUAUUCUGUAUGGUAAAUGUCAGGGAAAUAUGGCUCUCCAUGCUGGAGCCUUCUUCUCCAAGGUCAAAUCUAGCUUGAAUUCUGCCCUCUUGCUUCUAGACUGGGUACCUACUGCCCAUGACUCUCCACUUCCUUAACCCUGUCUCUCCUGAGUCUUAGUCUGCAGUGGUUAAUCAUUGUCAACUUAACUGAAUUCAAAAUCACCGUGGAAACAACUCUGGACUGUCUUUGAGGACCUUUCCAGCGAAGUUAUACUGAAAAGAAAAUCCACACCUGAAGUGGUGGUAACAUCCCACCCCUGAGGUCCCAAAUGAAUAAAAAGGGAAGCUGAGCCCCAGCA